UUCGACUUAAGCACUUUGAAGAAAUUUCUGGCAGCAGUAGGCCUAAUAUUCAUGUACAUCUAGAUAACUCUAGCUCAACGAUAACUGCGAUUGGCCAAGACUACAUGCAAGCUUAUUCCUUGAAGGAUUUACGAUGGGAAGAAGCGUCCUACCGUUCGUUGUUGUGAUCACACUGAUGACAGUGUGCCUCACAGUACACGGAGCUGCCUCUCGUGAGCUUAAAGGAGAACCGAGUCCCAAAGCUCCAGACUUUCCAUCAAAAACUGAAAUGCAGAGCUUGUUUGACGAGUGGAUGAAAAAAUACUCAAAGACUUAUGCCAGUGAUGCUGACAAGACUGCCCGCUUCAAGAACUUCGAAGAGAAUUUUAUGCGUGCUUCUGAACAUAACCGGAAACAGUCGACCUACAAAAUGACUAUGAACCAGUUUGCAGAUCUCAGUCCAGAAGAAUUCGUGAAGAAGCAACUCAUGCACCUCUCUCCAAGAGUGGCAAGCACCAGGCACCCAACCCCCUACAAAGAUGUGGAAGAACAGCACAAGGGCAAAACCUCGAGGAAAAAGGGACCUCGAAUGCUAUCGGCCGUGUAUAGUCCAUGUGGUGGUGAUAAUCCAGGAGAUCGUUCGUGCAAGCAUUGAUACUUAUGGAGACGUACCGACUUCAGAAGAGAUUGAUCAACAAGAGGCAGUAGAAUGUGGCAUUGUCAGUUUCGGCAUUGGAUCUGAUCCCUGCAAGAGUUUAAUUAUAUUCCACUGCAAGAUCCAAAACUCCAGACCUGCAGGUUUUCAUGUGAAUGCAAUAAAACUGGACUGCGGUAUUUUAUAAAAUUUUCUUUGCUUUGUUCUUUGAUUGAGGUGAGACCAUCAGUCCAAACUGUAGUACAUGAUAACUCCAGCAAUAAUUUAGAUAUCUGAGAGUUCAAAUAAGAAACCCCCAUGCUUGAAUAGAUUGGUGUAGUUGUUGAAAACAAAACUGGAAAUUGUGGAGAACUUUGCACAAUUUGAAAGUAACUAUCGUUUAGCCUCUAGCGAGGCUAGCAUCCAUGGCCGGCUUGGACUUGUAAGAGAAGAAUUCAUUGCCAGCCCAAUAAACUCCUCCCCACCUAACGCUACAGUUGGGCUCGGAUCAGUGGGUUAUCUUCACGUCAUAGGCUAGUACUUAAUUUGUUUUUCAGCAUUCAGCGUUGUCCUCGUAGGUGGUCAUCAUUACGAGGAAAAAUAAAAUAAGAAAAAACACGAGCCUGCAUUGUAGUUUGAGAUAGAUUUGUUCUAUAAUUUACUAUUGUUGGUUUGAUAUUGAACCAUAUGAUAUUAAAUAUCAUAUCUUG